AUGGACUGUGGACACUUAGCAGAGAGCAGCGAGGAGAUCUCCAGCCCGGGCGCAGAGCCCGAUUCCCUGCUGCCUUCCUCAGCCGGCAGCAAUUCCUGCCUGCCCUUGGCGGGCGGGCCGCGGGCUGGAGCCGCUCCGGGCCGCCCCGCCGCCGCCAACGCGGCCAGGGAGCGCAGCCGGGUCCAGACCCUGCGCCACGCCUUCCUCGAGCUGCAGAAGACUCUGCCCUCGGUGCCGCCCGACACCAAGCUCUCCAAGCUGGAUGUGCUCCUCCUGGCCACCACCUACAUCGCACACCUCACCCGCAGCCUUCAGGAUGAGGAGGAGCCCCCGGGAGAGGGCUUGGGCACCCUGCGCGGGGAUGGAUACCUCCACCCUGUCAAGAAGUGGCCCAUGCGUUCCAGGUUGUACAUUGGAGCCACGGGACAGUUUCUGAGUCACUCGGCACAAGGAGACAGCGCAAAUCAUGGGGAAACAUCAACAUCUUCACAGAUCUAACCUCCCCUCUUGCUUUUA